UCUUGGCUUCUAAACCUUUCCAUGUGAUGACCACGAUGGCCACGGAACUGGAGAGACGCCAGCUGCUCCGCGAGAUCGCACUGCGUCCAUCGAUCUGGGACACGCGCAUCAACUACGCCCUGCGCCGGCCCCACAUCCCCGCCGACUGGCUGGCGGUGUCCCAGGCGGUGGGCUGGAGCCUGGACGAGUGCAAGCGGCGCUGGAAGAGUCUGCGCAGCAACUACCGCGUCGAGGUGCAACGUGGCGAUGCCACGUGGCGCUGGCGCCACUCCAUCGACAUGGAGUUCAUGCGCGACGUCUUCCUGCCACGCCAGCCCAGGACUCCAACGCGCAGGCUGAGGCGUCGCCGUGUGCAGCAACCCCAGCGACACCCACAACCGGAGUACAAACUCCAAUCGGCUCACCAUUACGCGUCUUCCUUCAGCGAUGGUGGCAUCGAGUUCGAGGUGGAGGAGCGGCUCUUCCUGGUGGCGGAGCAGCCGAUAGUGGGCGUGGAUAUGGACGAGGAGGCGGCCCGGCUGCUGGGCACCGACAAGUGGCUGUGGAACACCAACCUGGACCUCAUUCUGACUCUAGGUAGGGCACCCCUGCCCAUUUAUCCGGCGCCACCGCCACCCAUGUAUGGCGAGUCCAACGAAUCCAAUCACAACUUCCUGGUCGGCAUGGUGCCCAUGUUCCGGUGCCUGAGCAAUCGCUCCAAGGAGCGCUUUCGCAUGUGGACACGGCGUGUGCUGCGCCAGCUGCUCAUCGCGGAGAAGAAGCUGCUGUAUUGAUCAAAGGAACUCUUGUGUUUCCAUGACAUUGAAGUUCCUUGCGUUGUCACUGCCACAAAACUGAUUUUUGAA